AUGUCCUCGGGUGGUGCACUACCUCAGUCGUUAAGCAGUUCAUCAUCUUUCAUCACUCAUCAAAUUUCCAAUUAUCCGCCACCAAUCUUCGUUCAAUUAGCCCAACAACAGUACCAACAUCACCACCAUCACCCUCAUCAUUAUCAUCAUUUCCAACAACUAGAACAACAGUCUCUGAACAGUAAUAAUAGUAAUAGUAAUAACACUUAUCACAAUAUCAUCAAUAACACUACCACAUCACCACAACAUCGUAUCAAAUUGAAACGACAACGACAACGUGUCGACGCGGGUGAGCCACGUAAUCCUUAUCAGGCUGCUCGAGCACCAAUGCUACAGCAACAACAACAGCAACAACAACAGCAGCGAUUUGCAAAUGAUUUUCAGAUUAACAAUGUUAUCAAAAGAAAUCAAAACGGAGAUGAAACUAUGAAUACUGUAAUAACAACAAUAGCGAGUGCUACAGGAGUACUAGAGAAUGAUAAUAAUGUAGCAACACUAAAUAGCAUAUUUCCGUGGAUUACAACAGCGGCAAAUGCAGCAACUGUAAAACCAAGAUUCAGUACGGCGAUGGAACAAGUGAGCGAUACGGAAGAUUCCAUUAAGAAUCUCAGCCAGCAAAGUGCUGAUAACGAUGAUCAGCAUCAACAAGUCUUGCAAUCAUAUGGUGGAACACAUAGUGCGAAUGAAGCAGAAGGAAGUGAAUUCAGUACGGCUAUGCUGACUACUUCCAGAAGUAACGAUGCUGAAGCGCGAACAGCAGCGAUGGGUACUACUGAUGAGCAGUCUUCUUUUUCAUUAAACAUUGGUGCAAAAUUUGAUGAUGAUAAUGGUGAUGAUGACGAUGAUGAUACCAAUUCAUACGUUAAGGAUGAACAUGGAGCAAACGAGUCCAUAUCAAGUCCCACUCCAAGUGCAUCUUGCACAUCUGCCGGAUUUAGUGGUAGCUCAUCAAGGCGAAAAAGUGCUGCACCACAACGUCAAUUUGUUGACAUUGAAGAGGGAUGCAAUCUUCAAAUCGAACAGAACGCAGAUAGAUCAAGUGAGGAAAAGAUUGCAAACAAUACAGCAGUGGAACAACAGCAACAUAUUGAUUUAAAAUUGAACGAUGAAAUACCAAAGAACGUGUUAGCUGCAAGUCUAGCAGUUAAUAUUAACCCACACAAUAGGAUACAAGAAAUGAUUGAUAUGCAGAAACGAAUUUAUUCAAAUUGGAUUGAUCAGCAAAAAAAGCUGCUGGGUAUCAAUGAUGAAGAACAAAAACGAAUUCAAGUGCAACUCAUUCAACAACAAAUUCAACGCGAUUACGCUAAACUAGCUCAGUCAUUAAAGCAAGAACUUAUCAAUGGACUAAAUAGCAGUGUUGAUAAGAUAAUCGCCGAGUUCAUUACCGCGGAGGCGACUGUCAGUGCGCAACGCACAACAGCAGCAUUAGUGGAACAACAACGUGAACAUGCAGCAGCAACUGUAGCGAAUCGGAAUCCGUUCUUGUUUCAUCCGCUUUACCAUCCGUUCAAUGGUCAGUCUGGAUCUUUCCACAAUCCUUUCAUGCAAAAUAGUUUACCGGUUCCGGCACCAAUGCCACAAGCACCUUCGACGCAUCAUUCGACUGGAAUUUUCCCCGCUGCUUCAGCACCUCGAACUACUUUCAACGCAUUUGUACCACAUCUGAAAGCUGCAUCUCCUGCUACUUCAACUUUACGCAAGAUGGAAGAUUUUAGUCCGUUUAUGCCGCGAAAAAAACGUUCUAAAGUAACAGACUGCUCACGAUUAAAUAAAGUUCAGUCGGUAUCUAAUGUUAGCCGUGAAGUAUCGUCGUUACCCAAUAGUGCACGAUCAUCACCACAGUUGUCAUCUUAUUUUCCUCCAACAAUGGUGGGCCAUCCACUUUACGGCAGUGGUGCCUUCGGUACCGAUGAUCAUGACAGUCCGGUAAAUUCUGAUGAUGCAAGUGACUGCAGUCCAUAUGAUGGAAACCUUGGUGGAAGUUCAACACUGACACCAAUGCAUUUACGCAAAGCAAAAUUAAUGUUUUUCUACACACGUUAUCCAAAUUCUGCGGUACUCAAGUCUUAUUUUCCGGACAUACGUUUCAAUAAAAACAAUACAGCGCAACUGGUAAAAUGGUUCUCGAAUUUCCGGGAAUUUUUCUACAAUCAAAUGGACAAAUAUGCGAGGAAUUAUUUAGCAGAAGGUGUGAAGAACAAAGAAGAUAUUGUUGUUACACCUGAAUCUGAAAUUUACAAAAGUCUCAAUCAGCAUUACAAUCGCAAUAAUCACAUUCAGCCCCCGGAACGAUUAUCACUAGUAAUUCAAGAAACUUUGCGUGAAUUUUUUUGCGCUGUGCAAAGUGGACGUGAUGCUGAACCAUCGUGGAAAAAAACCAUUUAUAAAGUAAUCAACCGUAUGGACGAUCCGAUUCCAGAAUAUUUCAGAGAUCCAAAUUUCUUGGAACGUUUAGAAGGCUGA